CCUCAAAGCUAUUCUUCUCCUUCAUUUGCAAUGAAACACCACCCCUUGUCAUUCAAAUGGCUUCUUUUCAUCUUUCUCAUAUACUCAACCUAUCUUAGUACAACACACUCGUUGAGGAUUCCAAGGUUGAGCCCAAUUGCUGAAAGGGAAACAACCUUACAAGACCCUGCAGUUGCAAGUAACACAGAGGAUGUAAAAACAUUUUUUUACAAACAGAAUCUGGAUCACUUCAACUAUAGACCUCAAAGCUACAGAAAAUUUCAACAAAGAUAUAUGAUCAAUUUCAAAUAUUGGGGUGGUGCCAAUUCAAGUGCCCCAAUAUUUGCCUACUUGGGUGCAGAAGAACCAAUAGAUAAUUCCCCUACAGGAAUAGGAUUUAUGACUGAUAAUGCUGCUUCCUUUAAUGCUCUCUUAGUAUACAUAGAGCACCGAUAUUAUGGGAAAUCAGUACCAUUUGGAUCAAGGGAAGAAGCAUUCAAGAAUGCAAGCACUAUUGGGUAUUUCAACUCAGCACAAGCCAUAGCAGAUUAUGCAGCAGUCCUCGUACAUAUAAAGAAGACCUUACAUGCUCAAAAGUCCCCGGUUAUUGUAAUUGGAGGAUCAUAUGGUGGAAUGCUUGCUUCAUGGUUUAGGCUCAAAUAUCCCCACUUGACAAUUGGUGCCCUUGCCUCAUCAGCUCCAAUCCUUUAUUUUGAUCAUAUUACACCACAAAAUGGUUACUACUCUGUUGUUUCAAGGGACUUUCGAGAAGAAAGUGAGACAUGCUACCAAACUAUACUAAAGUCUUGGUCUGAAAUUGAAAGAGUAGCUUCUCAGCCAAAUGGUCUUUCCAUUCUUAGCCAGAGAUUCAACACUUGCCAUACCUUAAACGAGUCUUAUGAGUUGAUAGACUUCCUAGAAUCGAUGUAUGCUUAUGCGGCUCAAUACAAUCAACCACCAAAAUAUCCAGUUAGUGUGAUCUGUGGUGGCAUUGAUGGAGCUUCUUUUGGAAGUGAUAUCCUCAGUAAGAUAUAUUCAGGUGUUGUUGCUUAUAGGGGAAACAGCACAUGCAAUUUUAAUGGCCCUACUAAUGUUUCUGAAACAACUGUGGGUUGGAGAUGGCAGACAUGCAGUGAAAUGGUGAUACCCAUCGGCAUAGGAAACGAUACCAUGUUUCCACCAAACCCUUUCAUCCUAAAGAUCUUUGCAAAAGAGUGCAAGCAACGAUAUGGUGUCUCACCUCGCCCUCAUUGGGUCACUACUUAUUAUGGAGGCCAUAAUAUAAAAUUGGUUCUUCAAAGAUUUGGUAGCAAUAUAAUUUUCUCGAAUGGACUAAAAGACCCUUACAGUAGUGGCGGGGUUUUGGAGAAUUUAUCAGACAAUCUUGUUGCCGUCCAUACACUUAAUGGAUCUCAUUGCCUGGAUAUUCUUCGUGCAAAUCAAAGCGAUCCAGGAUGGUUGGUCGAACAACGGAAGAAAGAGAUCAAGAUUAUCAAAGGGUGGAUCACCCAGUACUAUUCUGAUCUUAAAGGGACUACAAAUUCCAGAGCAAAUGAUUAUGUGAAAAACAAGUUGACAAAUCCUUAAAUUUACACAUAUCAAGGAAAGAUGUUGGAAUAAUCGAACAGAAGUUUCGACGGUUUACUGCAAUUCCAACCAUGAAUAUACAAUAGUAACUUCCGUUAACAACGAUGUCAUGUUACCAAUGGAAUGAUGAUUUAUGAUGUCAUAUAGGUUUUAUGGUUAUGAGUUUUCAGGAUGCUAUUGCUAUUGUUAGAACAUAAUAUAAAUCAUUAAAAAAGUCU